CUUUCUUUCCUCCCUCUCUCCGGUGCCCGUGUCUCGGAUGGAGCCGCUUCCCCUCUAACUUCCCCGCUCGCCCUCUCCCCCGCCGCCCCUGCCUCUAGGCUGGGUGCGGAUCGCCCCCCCUCGCCCCCCCGGCGAAGAUGAGCCUUUCGCCGUUUUAAAACGCAAACCCCCGCGCUUUAUUUCGGGGGGGGGGAAGCUUUCCCCCCCUUUUUUUUUUUUACUUUUUUCUUUUUUUUUUUUUUUUUGGAAGUUGGACCCUUUUUAUUUCCUCCUCGGCCCCCCCUCCCGCGGGGCCGCCCCCCCCUGCCCGGCCGCCUCCCCCGGGCCCCGCAGAGCCGCGCCGGAGGAGAGAGAGAGAAAAAACGCCCGGACUGCUCCAGCCUCCGAAAUGACUCAGUAACUUUUACGCCUCGAGUCUCAGCCCUGCAAUUAGCCACUUUCCCAGCACGGCUCGGGAUGUAUUCGUCUCCUCUCUGCCUGACCCAGGAUGAGUUCCACCCCUUCAUCGAAGCACUGCUCCCCCAUGUCCGGGCCUUCGCCUACACCUGGUUCAACCUGCAGGCCCGCAAGCGCAAGUACUUCAAGAAGCACGAGAAGAGGAUGACGAAGGACGAGGAGAGGGCGGUGAAGGACGAGCUGCUGAGCGAGAAGCCCGAAGUCAAGCAGAAGUGGGCCUCGCGCCUCCUGGCCAAGCUGCGCAAGGACAUCCGGCCCGAGUGCCGCGAGGACUUCGUGCUCUCCAUCACGGGCAAGAAGCCCUCGUGCUGCGUCCUCUCCAACCCCGACCAGAAGGGCAAGAUGCGCCGCAUCGACUGCCUGCGGCAGGCGGACAAGGUGUGGCGCCUCGACCUCGUCAUGGUCAUCCUCUUCAAAGGGAUCCCGCUGGAGAGCACCGACGGCGAGCGCCUGGUCAAGUCGGGCCAGUGCACCAACCCCAUCCUCUGCGUCCAGCCCCACCAUAUCAGCGUCUCCGUCAAGGAGCUCGAUCUCUACCUGGCCUACUUCGUCCGCGAGAGAGAUUCAGAGCAGAGCAGCAGUCCCCGGACAGGCAUUGGCUCGGAUCAGGAGGACAGCAAACCCAUCACAUUGGAUUCAACAGACUUCCAAGAAAGCUUUGUGACCUCGGGGGUGUUCAGCGUCACCGAGCUCAUCCAGGUGUCCCGAACGCCGGUGGUGACGGGCACAGGGCCAAAUUUCUCCUUGGGGGAGCUGCAGGGUCACCUGGCUUACGACCUGAACCCCUCAAGCACAGGCAUGAGAAGGACGCUACCGAGUACCUCCUCCAGCGGGAGCAAACGGCACAAGUCUGGCUCCAUGGAGGACGACAUAGACACGAGCCCAGGGGGAGAGUACUACACCUCGUCCAACUCGCCCACGAGUAGUAGCCGCAACUGGACAGAAGACAUGGAAGGGGGCAUCUCCCCCACCGUGAAAAAGACGGAGAUGGACAAGUCACCCUUCAACAGCCCGUCGCCCCAGGACUCCUCGCCGAGGCUGACCAGCUUCACGCAGCACCACCGUCCCGUCAUUGCGGUGCACAGCGGUAUCGCUCGGAGCCCACACCCUUCGUCUACUCUGCAUUUCCCCACCACCUCGAUUCUCCCCCAGACGGCCUCCACCUACUUCCCCCACACGGCCAUACGGUACCCGCCUCAUCUCAACCCACAGGACCCUCUGAAAGAUCUCGUCUCGCUGGCCUGCGACCCGUCCAACCAGCAGCCCGGACCGUUAAAUGGAAGUGGUCAAGUGAAAGUGCCCAGCCACUACCUGCCCACUCAGAUGCUGGCUCCGCCACCUCCCCCCGGCAUGCCCCGGUUGGCCGUCUCUCCUGACACCAAAUCCGCCACGACAACUUCCGAGGGAGGGACGACCUCACCGACGUCACCCACCUACUCUGCACCAGGCACGCCCCCUGCGAACCGUUCCUUCGUGGGAUUAGGACCAAGGGAUCCCGGGAGUAUCUAUCAGGCACAGUCCUGGUACCUGGGAUAACCGCAGCUGUGCCACCCCUUCGCCUCCCUUCUCCUCUGCUUUAGGCACCCUGAGAGGAAAAAUAAAUGCACGGCCCAGAGCACCAGGCCCAGCCUUGCGGUGAAGACGGAGAGCGCGAACCGACGACGACGACGACAAACGAAACCCCAAACGGAGGGAAGGAGAGAGGGGAGAGGAAGAAGGAGAAGGUCCCACUUUUUUUUUUUUUUU